UUUUAAAAAACUAUAAUGGGGUACAAAAAUUCUCACAGUUUUCAUUCGUCUUUCAUUCAUCAGCAAAAUUAAAAGAAAUACAGACAAACUAAAUGUAAGUAUUUCUUAGAGAGCCCUAGUUAGAGGGAAACUGAUUUCUGUGAAGGAAACAGGCGAAUUAAUUCGAAAAGGAGGGUUGUAAAAACGAGUAAUAAGUAAUAAUGGCUGCUUAUAUGAGCAUGGGGGAAGCUCACAGAAGGCUUUCAGAUUACGUGAAUGAAUUCACUGAAGCCAUCGCUUCUCAGAAUGCUUCUGUAUUGAAGCCACUCCUCGCUGUUUCUUCCAAUUCACCGUAUUGUGCCUCUGUUGCCGCCGCACUUCAAGUUUUCAAGGAUGCGAGCAGACUGGUUAAGCAAGUUGACAAAUAUGCACAGCUUGGUGACAUGCUUCAGCAACACAUGCGGUGUAUGCAAAGUUUUCAGUAUAAGCACUAUAUGGAUGCUUAUUAUGCUUUAGAAAAGUCUGCAAAUGCAUUCCUACAGGAAUUUCGAAAUUGGGAAACUGCAUGGGCAGUGGAUGCUCUUUACACGAUUGUCUAUGAAAUGCGGACACUUGCAGAAAUGGCAGACAGAGAAAUGGCAGCUAAUGGGAAAGCCCCUGACAAACUAAAAGGAGCCGGAUCUUUCUUGAUGAAGGUUUUUGGAUCACUUGUGGGUAAAGGGCCUAAAAGACUUGGAGCAUUGUAUGUAACUUGUCAACUUUUUAAAGUAUACUUUAAGCUGGGUACUGUCCAUCUUUGCAGAAGUGUCAUUAGGAGCAUUGAGACAGCACGUGUUUUUGACUUUGAGGAGUUUCCUACUAGAGAUAAGGUUACAUAUAUGUACUACACGGGUCGCUUAGAGGUGUUCAACGACAAUUUUUCUGUUGCAGAUCAGAAACUAAUGUAUGCGCUAGUGCAUUGCGAUCCUCAGAAUAAAGCAAACAUAAGGAUGAUUCUUAAGUACCUUGUUCCUGUUAAGCUUUCACUUGGUAUAUUGCCUAAAGAAUGGCUUCUUCAGAAGUAUAAGCUCCAUGAGUAUAUUGAUGUUGUGCGAGCUUUGCGCACAGGUGAUCUAAGACUGCUUCGACAUGCACUUCAGGAUCACGAGGACCAGUUCUUGCGUUCAGGAGUAUAUCUAGUUCUAGAGAAGUUGGAAUUGCAAGUCUAUCAGAGGUUGAUUAAAAAAAUAUACAUCAUUCAAAAGCAGAAAGAUCCAAGCAAGGCACACCAAGUGAAAAUGGAUAUCAUUGUUAAAGCCUUAAAAUGGCUAGAAAUUGACAUGGAUGUUGAAGAGGUUGAAUGUAUAAUGGCUAUCCUGAUUCACAAGAAUUUAAUGAAAGGCUAUUUCUCUCACAAGAGUAAAGUAGUGGUUCUCAGCAAGCAAGACCCCUUUCCAAAAUUAAAUGGUCGACCAGUUAAUUCAUAAUAGUUCAUUGCCACUUCAUAAACAUACUAAUUGAAUCAUGUCAUACAGUAGUUUUGACAUGAAAUAUUCAGUAGGAUUAUUGAUCUCAACUGAAAUGUUAGUUCUUUACUGUACACAUUAGAAAUGGCAUUGCUUCAGAUGCUUAGAGAAGGAAAAAUGUUUGUAGAUACUGAAAAUGACUUGCAAUUUAUACUGUCAUAAGCUUCAUACUGAAGAGAAUCUGUAAAGUUCCUUUCUUUGGCACUUGUAUUGUAUCUUGUGGUACUUGUUAACCCGUUUGAUCUACUUUGGACAUUAGCACAUAUUUUGUUGCUUCUUUCAAGAUCAAAUGGUUAAACAUGAUUCUUAUUAA